CCUUGGAUUUAUCAUAUCCACCAUUUUUUCCUCUACUCAUACUAUACCAUCAACUCGUGUCCUGGGGUAGUUUAAAUGUACAGAUGAAAAUAAUGGGAAGCGUAGUCGAAGGAAUUAUGUUAUGAAACUCGGCAUCGUUGGGUUUCACAACAGGGUGGAAAGCCAUUCACUUCACCCAAUCGGAUCGCUCGCUGCUGCGUCACGUGAUCUUUAUUUAUGUAAUGCAAUGGUGUUACACAGUAACCUAGCUUCGUGGCCGUGGAGAAGUAGGCUACAGGGGUUAAUAGCGGACUCGGAUUACUAAAGAGAAAUAACAUUAAUGUGCGGAUUUACCGACCUCGGUCGUGCGGCGUGUUUGGACUUUUUGGAGCAUCGAGGAAACCGGCGCAUUGGACUGGGAGCCGAGAGUCUUUAUUGAAAAGGGGAGAUGGCAUUUGUCCCAAUACAGAGACUAAGUUAGGGCUGGAAACGAACAAUGUCACUGAAUGUGUUGAACACGAAAAGAAAAUUUGCCAGGUGAGCGUAUGAGGACUCAGUUUGGCAGCAGGACGGAAAGCGGUGUGCUUUAGGCAGAUGUGUGACACUAUUAUUAGUGCAUCGCCAGCUGCCAGCAUGUAAUUUAAAGGGUCCUUGCAGCAACAAUAUCCCCAAACCGUCUAUCUGCAGUGCUUUGACGAACAAAGCGACAGUUCUUCCCGUGGGACACUGUACUAGUGACAUAACCAGUUAAAAAAAUGGAAAUGCUGGAGUGCCCCCUUUGCCUCUGUCUGAUGUGCGAGCCGGUGACCGUGUCCUGCGGCCACACGUUCUGCCGGAGGUGCGUCGGGGGCUACCUGCCUUCCAAAUGUCCGCUGUGCAAAGACAGGCUAAAACAAAAGGAGGUGAAAAACACGAAGAACAACGUCCUGCUCAUCGGCGUCGUGGAAAAGUGCUGGCCCGAAGAGAAGAGGAUGAAGUGCCAAAUUCAGGAGAAACUCAAAGCCACCGAGUUCGCGGAAGCGUUACGCAUCGCGAACGAGGGGCUGAACUUAGUCCCAGACGACCAGAGUUUGAAGGUGUUCAGGGCCGAAGCGAACUUGGGCCUGAGGCGUUUCGCCGACGCUCUGAUGGACCUCGACUACCUCUGCUGCCUUCGCCCCAGCUGGACAGAGGGCUCCUUUCAUAAAGGGAAUGUACUGCUGGAAAUGGGUCAGCAGAAAGAAGCCCUCAUCCACUUCCACCGUUGCCUAAAACUUCAAGCUGAUUUUGUUCCCGCAAAGAGCCAGAUUAAGAAGAUCCUGGAGGCAGAGGGAGUGGAAGUGCCGGAGGAUGUGCCCUGCAUUUUGCAGGCGGUGUCCGAGCACCUAAAAGAGCCCUGUCCUAUCACAACCCUCGGCGGCUCGCAGGGGCCGGUUCAUGCUGAAGGCUUCAAACAUCCUCAUGGAGAUAAGGGAGAAGGAAAAGGGAGGAGAGAUGCACAUCAGGUGAAGCAUGACACGGGUACUGAAUGCUGCCUCAGCCUCUGCCAAGCGGUUUCCUUCCUCCCCGCUGCUGACGAGGAUGAAGAGAUGAUGACGAGGAAAGAAGACUGGCACGGCAAGUUCUUAGGUGAAAGUUAUCAUCAGAGGGAGAACGGCAUGGUUGUUCUCACCGUGUCAGACUUUGAGUGCCCUCUCUGCAUUAGGUUAUUUUUUGAGCCAGUCACAACUCCUUGUGGGCACACAUUCUGCAAAAACUGCAUCGAGAGGAGCCUAGACCACAACCUCCGCUGUCCACUCUGCAAACAGCCGCUGCAAGAGUACUUCAGAAACAGGAAGUACAACCCCACAGUUCUGCUCCAGGACAUCAUGACCCAACUUUUUGCCCCCCAGUUGGCUGAGAGGAAACAGGUCCACGAUGCUGAGAUGGCUGAACUGUCCAAUCUCACUAAGGACAUCCCUAUAUUUGUCUGCACCGUGGCCUACCCUGGAGUGCCCUGUCCACUGCAUGUGUUUGAGCCUCGCUAUCGGCUGAUGAUGCGCCGCUGCAUGGAAACCGGCACCAAGAAGUUUGGCAUGUGCAGCUACGAGCAUGGCAGAGGAUUCGCAGACUAUGGCUGUAUGCUGGAGAUUCUCGAGCUGGAGCUCUUGCCUGAUGGACGUUCUUAUGUGGAAACAAUUGGUGGCAGCAGAUUCAGGGUGCUGAAAAGAGGCCAAAGGGAUGGUUACCACACUGCUGAUAUAGAGUACCUAGAGGACAUCAGGGUUGACGGCAGCGAGUUGGAGCUUCUGCAGCGUCUGCACGACAGCGUGUACCAGCAGGCCCAGGAUUGGUACCAGCGCCUCGGCAGCCGCAUCCGCGAACAGAUUAACAGACAGUAUGGUGCCAUGCCGGAUAAGGAGGACAACAUUCAGGCUUCGCCUAAUGGUCCAGGAUGGUGCUGGUGGCUGCUGUCUGUUCUCCAGCUGGACCCCGCCUAUCAGACCACUGUCCUGUCCCUGAAUUCUCUCAAAGAUCGCCUGGGACACCUCCGCCUUGUCCUUGAGUACUUCUCUCAGAGCUAGACCCUCUGGCACAGUGGUACUGAGACCACAGCUAGCUGACACCAAUACUACGCACAACACAUUAAAAAAGGAGUGAAAUCAAACAAAUGCACGCACGACACAUUUUGAGUUUCGAGGUUGGGUUCGGGACUAUCCUGUAUCGUUUCUAGGGACUGUACUCGAGUCACAACUGAAGGCCAGAUCACCUGGCUGCUAGCUAAAAGCUUGUGAUUUUUAUCACACAAUCCAGUUGGUCAGAGUCAGGUUUUUGCUGUUUUGAGUGUUUCGUAUAUUUCUUACACCAGAAUAUUCUUCUGCACACACACUGUACAUGCUGUACCAGUGAGAACUACAGGGUUGACCAAAGAUUGAUCAUGAAUUGUGGGGAAAUUGAUAACAUUGCAGAAAACUAACACUGGGUGUCACUGUUUUACUCCAGUUGUUACACAUAGAAAAUCAUGCAAUAGCAUCAGCCCAACUGUUAAACAUGCAUAUAUGGUCUACUUCAGCCGCACUCGAUGCAUUGUUGCAAGUAAGCAUAAACAGCAAUCUGCACUUAAUUUGUAGAGAUAUUUUUGCAAGACUAUGAACCUCCAGAGGGUGAAAGUUCAUGUGCCAAAAUAUUUUUGGGGAAAUUCACAGCGAUUGUCUUAUGCUAUACAGCACUAUUUGUAAUGCCUGCAUGUUAACUGCAUCUACGCUAUUGACUAUGACUAAGUUUUUACUAUUAAAGAAUAUUCUAAGAUCCCUA